AUGACACAAAGCGCCGGGAGAGUAAAAAUGCUAGAAAAUCGCAAGAAAAUCGCAUCGAAGCAAAGAUCUUCGGCUUUAUGCGUGCCCACCUCAGGCAAUACAGCAUUGGUACAGCAUUACCUGAACAUCGUGGACAGCGGACAGCACAUCCCCGUUCAGAACAAUCUGGCGGACAAGGGUGGCAUAUUCUCGAAAAGCCAGAUUGCCGCAAUGAGACCCUCGUCAUUCCCGCGUUCUGGUGUCCUUAUCCUUGGCCAGAAUUCCAUACAGUCACUCCUACCUUCCACACUCAUAUCUCAGGCUGAAUCUCUUUUGGAUGCGCAUAAGAUUCAAGAUGCCAUUGACCUCGCAGAUCAACAGAGAAAAAAGCAUGAAAGCAAAAUCACUGUCGACGUUGGAGAGGCAGAAGAGUUACGCUAUGUCUAUCAGCGCAUUGGAUUCCAAUGUCUUGCCGAAACGCUCUUUGAAGACGCUGGCAAAAACCUGUUUGCAGGUGAUCUCGACCCUCGUGUACUUGUCAGCUACUUCCCCGACCUUCGUGGGCACCUCUUCGGAGAAGAAGAUGGCAUAGAUUUGUUUGAAGGUGUCGUGGAACACAUGCCACCUGAGGCUUCAGUAGAUGAAAUCAUUGCUGCAAACCUAGUCAGGAACUAUUCUCCGCAUCUCGCGCCAAAUACCCGCGAGGCUCCUCCUACAGUCGAAUUGCGCGCGAUUUUGAAUGGCGAAGCGAGGAAUAUGUUGGAAGUUUUUUUAAGGAAAUGGCGUACAAGGCGAAGAGUGGAGGAUGGUCCCAACGUCAGGGGUGAGAUCAUGAAAGAUGCUGGAGAAAAGCAAAUCAAAGGCAAGGAGGGGCAGGUGAUUGACACUGUCCUUGCUAAAAUAUUUGUAUUGGGGGAUAAACCCACAGAUCUCCACGCGCUGUUACAAGAUCCUUCGAAUGAAGUCAUACUUGACGAAAUAGAGCAAGCAUUGAUACAGUCAGGACACUUUAGCAUAUUAUGUAGUUUAUACAAGGAGAAAGGUGAAGUUGUGAAGUUGUGUGAAGCUUGGGCAAAACUCAUAGAGGGCGAGUGGACAGACCCUGACGUUCUUGACCCGCUAUCGAACAUGUUUACACUGUUGACCGAGAAACGAGACAAGGCACUUAUCCAGCGAUGGGUGAUCUGGCUAACGAAGAAAGAUCCCGAUCGCGCACUCAAGCUUCUGACGCAGCGUGAUUCAAACAAACGACAGGCGAAGUCCCAGGUUGAAGACGAUCUCGCGAUGCUGGAACAACUACGGGCCACGAAUCCUGCUGCAGCAGUCCAGUUCCUAGAAUUCCUAGUACUACAGAGACGGAGUUCGGACCGUAGCCUACAUAUGCAGUUGGCUUUGUCGUGUGUUGAUCAGCUACUUGAAUGUCUUGAUGACGAAGGAACCUUGAAGCUCUGGCGAGCGAAAGCUUCUUCAUUUGCUUCUUCUGCGUCGUCUCGCUCGCAAAGCCCCACACCUUUCCUUACAUACUUUGCAUCUACGACCCCCGAUUCACCUGCCAAACGAAUCCGGCUAAAAACGGCGUUAUAUCUUCAAAGCUUCGAGUACGAUGUAGCCCAGGUCCGAGAACAUCUACAGGAAGGUAUGGGAGAAAAUGAGAAGGUACUUGCGCUUGAAUUAGCAAUACUUGAUGGGAAGCUUGGCAGCCACCGUACAGCUAUCUCGACGCUUGUACAUGUCUUGCGUGAUACGGUAUCGGCUGAGGCAUAUUGUACGCACGGAGGCCGAGUGAUAUCUCCCAAAGCGGCGCUUUCACUUGUGGAAAUGUACAGUCUUGCUGGAUGGGCAGGGCAAUCGAGUGGGAAGAUCGAUGCUGUGGAUGACCAGACAAAAAGGGAUUUGGUGAGGCUUUUGCUGGAAGUAUACAUGAGCGAAGGAGAGUCGUAUCACACUGCGCGAUUGCUCGACUCUCAAGCUAUGAAUCUUGAUGUAGUGGAUGUCAUCCCACUCGUACCCCCAGAUUGGUCUCUCAAUGUGCUAUCUUCCUUCCUCGCAAGGUCAUUCCGACGGACCUUGCACGCCCACCACGAAGGACAGAUUGUGAAGGCGAUGAGUUCAGGGCAAAAUCUGGAUGUCAUAGAUAAAACGUGGCUCAUAUUACGCGAACAAGGCGCCAUAAUCGAAGAGGCAGCGGACGAUUCUGGCGGCGAAGAGGAGGAGGUUGACGAGAAAUCUGACGAAAAGUCGGCGUUCCAGAACAGUGUAGAAAGCCAAGAAACGGUCUUCCCAAGACAUCCAGAAAAAAUGGUGUUGCACCAGGAGUUGGGAUCGGAAGCAAUCAGUGUUCCUGAAAGUGGUGGAUUGGAUUUGAGAUGAGAUGGGUUAGGGAAUGAAUCGAUUAUGGCU